GUGUAAGCACAUGGUCGUGUAUAAAGUGUGGUUUCUCGUGAAGAGCAUUUAACCGAUCCACGAACUAGUAACGAAGUUCCAGAAAAGUAGUCUGUAGGAAAGUUUAUCGUAAUGAAGAAACUUUGAAUGAACAAAUGAAGGUCGGGAUAUGUUUCAGGAAUUACUUUUCAUUCCGAGAAAAUCGUAUAAAUCCACGAACCGAUAACUGUGUCGUUCAGAAAUACCCUUCAGUGUCAUGCUUCAAUGCUGCUUCAGGAAGGUUACACCCUCCCCAGACGAGUGUAGUCGCAGUCGUACGCCAGCAGAGCAGUGCUCGAGAAUUUGGCUCAGGGUAAUACCCUACCUUUUCUUAACAGUGCGGGAACUUUCUUGAUUCUAGGUCUAUCUUGAGUGUCCCAUCGCUUCAAGCUAGUCUUAUCUUGGAUGCAACAGUCGGAGUACUCUUCGAAAUAGUAAGUCGCACCGGAACGAGAGUGCCGAGCAAACAGGUAGCACCGGUCCGGCCACAAAAGGUGUGGCUGUAAGAAAGAAGUUUUGUUCCGUGGUGCUUCACCAAUAUGUAUGUUCAGUUUCAAGGAAUAAGACCAAUAAUUUGUGGUGUUAAAGAGGUUAGAAAUACACCACUAACAUUUGGAAAGUCGUUGAAAAAGGGGUAAGGAGUUGUUUUAGUGUCGCUUGCAUGAAAAAACAAAAAACUGUAGAAAUUAUAGUUGUGGCGCCCGACAUCAGAGACAGGGAAUAUCUCUUUCCCCCUAAAAUAAACCGAAACACAUAAAACCCUAACAGUAGUGUACAACUGAAGAAUGUUGUAUCUGUAGGUAGGUUACCUGUACUUCCACGAGUCAUGGUUCGAAGUACGCCAACAAUAGACGGCCAACAAAGCAAUGAAACGUUUGCCCCUACCCUAGGCAUCGAUCAAAGAGGAAGCAGCGGAAGACUGGUAAACGGUAACAAUAUGACACAACAUAGAAGUCGGCGGGACAAUCCGCCAGUGGAUGGAUACACUUAUGUCGAUACUAACCCUAAUCCAAAUGUUUUACCGGAUAUACUUAACUCUCAUCUUCCACCACCUUAUUCCACGCUCCCCCCUCCUUCCAUUAGACGUUUACCACCCCCUACCCAUCCUCCGCCACCACCCCCAAUACUUCAUGGACCCCUUGUUCACGCACCCCCUGGGUCUUUGGCUGGAAGCUAUCCACAUUUACCCAUGGGACGAUCCGUACGAGGAGGAAGGGGCGGAUUUGGUCCCUUCCCUCCACGAGGACGAAAUAGAUCCUUAAUAAUAGGAACCACUUGCACCGCCCCAGCAGCCUCCGAGGGUGAUGAACCCAAACAUUGUUGUGGUGUGAUGGUUACUCAAACUGUCAGCAUCCGCUGGUUUAUUGUGAUGAUAGCAUUCGUAGGCCUUUGUUGUGCUAUUGUUGGAACAGUUCUGGGCGCGCUCAAGGCAACAGGACGAGAACACUUAACAGUAUCAUUGUUAAUAAUAGGUGUCGGGAUUGUACUGAUCACAGUUAGUGGAAUCGCCUGGAAACUUACCUCCCAUGACGCUCCCUCCUGUCGAGCCAUGCUAGGUUUACAGUCAGACAAUCCAGAACCCAACAGAAGGUUUGUGCCACGAGUGACCCCUUACGGACGACCCCAUCAUCCGUAUGGAGCUAUGAUGUAUCCUGAGUUCCAACAGCGUCCUCCGCCUCCUUCCUACCAGGCUUCCAUGCAAGAAUAUCGCCUUAGACUACUUUUACUAGAUCGUCAACAGGUGGCAGCACCAUCGCUGAUUUCCCCUCCUCCAACAUAUCGCUCAAACCCAAGUAGUACGUUACAGAGGCAUCCCCUCAGCGUGGUCGAACGUGAUCACAGUGGACCUCCUAGUUAUCGGUCACGUGCCAGUUCUGGAAUGGCUCUGCGAACAAGUUCAGACACUCGGGAGUCUCGUAGAAGUGGUGCUACUCACGAGAAUAGUGUUGCACGAGCUGACGCUAGUCAUAGCCGUAACCCGUCGUUAACCCCAAGUUUUCUAUCUCAAGAAUCUCUGUUUGUGGACUCGAAUCACUCCCGUCCGACGGAGCUUAUUCAGCAUGCUCAAUUCAGGGCCCCUAGCGGCGACAACAGGAACUAUGAAACAGGAGCAACGUGUGGUGAACACAAUGUGCGAAAGAACCCUGAUAUCAACAGGGUGACCAUUCUUCAGACUAUAGACUCUUCACAAGUACUCACGCAAGAUACCGUGGUGGUUUCCGUGAAUGGACAAAGUGUUGGGUCACCGGUAUCGUCAUCUAGUGUCAACCAAGGAGAAGUGCAAAUAUUAGCGCACGUAUAACACCAGGUGGCAGUAAACAACCUCAGGUUACAUUAUUUUUCACUGCUAUUAUAAUUGUAGAACAAUCAAUAAAAAAAAGAUGGGUUUUUUUUUCUAAUUGAAAUAAAAACAUACACGAAACGUUGAUUCAAUGUAACGAAGAAUAUGUGCUUACAGAGUGCUUUUUUUUUGCUGUUAAAAUAUAGAUUUCAAUGAUAAAAUAUUUUUGAAACGUGUAUGUAUUUAAAGUUAUAGUACUAAUAAUAAUGUAUUGAAUACAUUCGUCUCGCCAACUGUCGUUCUUACCAGUAUCUUGUAUAAAUGUAUAAAUACCUGUAAGAUAAUUCAUUUUAAGUGUUCCAAUUACUGGUAAUAUUGCUUCAGGUAUAAAAUUUAGGUUCUGGAGAGUACUUUUAUUUAUUUUGUAAUUUACUUAUUUGUAAACUGUUAAAUUUUGCUAGACGAAACAAAAAAUACAAGUGCUUACAGCUCAGUUUUGUUGUUAUUGUUUUGUUUAUUUGUAAUGACAGAAAAAUUCACACUUGGCAAGUGAACGUACUUUUUUUUUAGCGUUUUUUUAUCAUUUAUGUUUUAAAAAACUGUCUUAAAGUAAAUGAGUUUAAAUAAUUCAGCUGUUUUUGAUUUAAUCCACUCGCGGUGUAAUUAACAGAAUCAAAUAAAUCUUGUUUCUAAGGGAAACUUCAGAAUUAAAACCAAGCGGUUGUAAAACGUGACAUAUUUUACUUGUUAAAGUCAAUAGCAAAUAUCGCUACAAAGAAAACAAAACUUUACGUUGUGAAAUAAGGAAGAGA